UCAACUUUCAACUUUCAAGUUUCAACGAUUGCUACUGGAAUACAGAUGCGAAUCUCGGGUUUUCCAUCUUCCCAUUAACCGAAAUUCUUUCUCCUAACAGCUUGAAUUGCAAAACUGGUGUUGACAAUUUCCCAAUUGUAGAAGGUUUUGGUUCAUGGGAAUUCUAGAUUUGGAGUUCCCACACUAUCAGUGUUUGCAAUUUUGAGAAGUUCUAUUUUGAUUUCGGUGAGUUUUAAUGUUGGUAUGGCUUCAAAAGUUGAGAAUAGUAAAGCAUGGAAAUGGGGGUUGGGUCUGGUGUAUAUAGUUGCUGUGGCCACAAUUUGGAUAGCUGCUAGCUUUGUAGUACAGUCUGUUGUUGAUGGUGGUGUGUCACCAUUCCUUGUUACUUACAUCUGCAACUCAUUGUUUGUGGUUUUGAUACCAAUUGUUGAAAUUGGGCGAUAUUUGGAGGAUUCUUGUGGCAGUGGUUGCUUUUGGAGCGCGAAGAAAGCGAGCCAACAUUCAGAAAGUGUGAAGGAGUCAGAGCAGGCUAUACUCCUUGAAGAGAAUGAUGUAGGGAACGAGGGCAAUGAAUCAUUGGUUGUGGAUGAUGAGGUUGGCAUCAGCGAACAAAGGAACUCUGGUUCCAUAUUUCUGCCACCGGAAAACAGGGUUGAGGUGUUGCCUGGUCAAGUUAAUGUGAUUGAGAAUGUUGAUAAUCAGCUGGAUGAGAAAGGGCGUUGGACACGGUGGAGGGUGGCCAAAGUUAGUCUAUUGAUAUGUCCAUUUUGGUUUCUUGCUCAGCUCACUUUUAACCUGUCGUUGAAGUAUACUACGGUCACAUCAAAUACAAUUUUGAGUAGUGCAUCCAGUCUUUUUACCUUCUUGGUCUCUCUUGCAUUCUUGGGUGAGAGGUUUACUUGGUUAAAGCUCUUUAGUGUUCUUCUUUGCAUGGGAGGAACAAUAAUUGUGAGUCUUGGAGAUUCAAAAAGCACUUUAAAAACAAUCGCAUCGAAUCCGCUUCUUGGAGACAUCUUUGCAAUUGUUUCGGCAGGACUAUAUGCGGUUUAUAUAACCCUAAUUCGCAAGAACAGUUAUUCAUUAUUAUUAGUAGCUUGACAUUGUGGUUUAGUUCUUUUACAUGAUUGCUGUAAAAUUGCAAUCGGUAUUUACUAUUUAAGGAGGAGAUCUACCUAUUUUACCUUUUCUGCCAUCGAAAUUGUGCUAUUCUUUCUGUGUUCUGCAACAGGACUGUUUGAUAAUGUGCUGAGUGAUUACUUGUGGGCCAAGGCUGUUCUUCUCACAUCAACCACAGUAGCAACUGCUGGCCUUACGAUUCAGGUUCCAUUGGCCGCCAUCGUGGAUACCUUGACUGGCCGUGCUCCUCGCCUUAUGAAUUAUCUGGGAGCGAUAGCUGUCAUGGUUGGCUUCACCGGAAUUAAUAUUCCUCUUGAGACUUUAUGUAACAAAAGAGAAGCUAACAUCGAAUUGGAAAAUAAUGUCAGUUUAGGAAAAGAAGAGUUUACAAUCCCGAGAGGUGAAGAUUCGGCUGCCAUACCUUAGCAUGUAAUUGGAUUCAUUUUCCGUGUUAGUUAACGAAUUGAUCUUGUAACUCCACCAAGUUAGUUGCAAUGGCUGCUAUUACCAGGCACAGAAGUAGAACGAGAACAAGAGAAUAUAGUUUAAAGGUGGCAUACGUGAGUUUGCACAUGCACUUGAAGUUGGAGAGAAAUGGAGACUGCCUUGGGUUCAUAAAUUGCUUCUCGAUCGAAAUAGCAUGGUGAUUGGUUCCUCACCUUUCUACAAGCAUAUACGGUUUGAAUUUCUGUAUUUUUGUACAUAUACAUACACAGGUCUAUUUUUGCUAUUCUUUGGAGGGUGCUUAUGGAAAUAGGAACGACAAUGGCACCAAGAGUGAAGAGUCAGAGAUGUUCUUUGAAUGUUCAUUAUACCCUUUAAAUGUUUUGCAGAUUUGAAUCUAGUUGCUUUGCCAA